AUGGUAUUUGGGAAGAAGUAUAUGGAAGAGGAGUUUGAUGAAAGGGGAUUUAUAGCUCGUUUGAAGGACUUGGCAAAGAUUUUUGAUGAAUUUUUCGAGAAAGUUAUUGAUGACCAUGUUCAAUUAAAGGAGAAGAAUCAAGCUAAGGAUAUGGUUGAUACUAUGAUGACUAUUAUGCAAUCUGGAGAAGCUGAAUUCAAGUUUGAUCGUCGCGAUGUCAAAGUUGUCUUGUUGGACUUGCUAAUAGGUUCAACAGACACUGUAUCAACCGCAAUUGAGUGGAUUGUUUCAGAACUUUUAAGACAUCCUAAGGUUAUAAAGAAACUACAAAAUGAGCUGGAACAAGCAGUUGACAUGAAUAGAAUGGUGGAAGAGUCGGACUUUGAAAGGCUAGAGUACUUAGGCAUGGUUAUAAAAGAAGGACUUAGGCUGCACCCCCCUUCACCACUAUUGCCACCUCAUGAAUCAAUUGAAGAUUGCAUUGUUGAUGGUUUUGAUAUACCUAAAGGUUCAAGACUUUAUGUAAAUGCUUGGGCUAUUGGAAGAGAUCCAAAAGCUUGGUCCGAGCCCGAGAAGUUCAUGCCAGAAAGGUUUGUUGAUAGCAACAUUGACCUUCAUAGACGUGACUUUCAACUUUUACCAUUUGGCUCUGGUAGAAGAAGUUGCUCUGCAUUACAACUAGGGCUCACGAUUGUGCGCCUAGUGAUAGCACAAUUGGUUCAUUGUUUUGAUUCGGUUUAG